UUGCUCUACCAUUUGUGCUCAGGCAGAACGGCGGACAGCAGCAGCAGCAGCAGCAGCAGCAGCAGCCGAUUAUUAGCGCAUGGUUAGUGGUGAAGAGAUAUAAAACUUUGUCCGAAGAGUGACUGAUAGAAUUGUAACGUUUGGUGGAUUUUAAAGAAAAACGCAGUAACUACUGAUAUAUAAUUACUUCAAAAAGCAUGUGGUUGAAAACGCUGAGUGUAGUAGCAGCUCAGGCCGAAGCUCGCACUCACAAUACCUUCCAGAAAUUAUGUCGAACUUUUGCAACCCAGCUGAGUGAACCGCAAGGACCAACUGUCAAGACUGAAGUACCCGGCCCUAAAUCGAAAGCCCUGUUGCAGAAAUUGAAUUCUCUGCAGAAUGCGGGUUCGGUGCAGCUGUUCGCCGAUUAUGAUCGGUCCGUUGGUAACUACCUGCAGGAUGUCGAUGGGAACGUGCUGCUGGAUAUAUACAUGCAAAUUUCCUCCGUACCAUUAGGGUACAAUCAUCGGGAACUGUUGGAAGUUUUCAAAAAUGAUCAUAACCUGAAGGCUCUGAUCAACCGUCCUGCGUUGGGUGUUUUUCCGGCCGAAGAUUGGCCAACCAAGUUGCAAAAUGUUUUGAUGUCAGUAGCUCCCACUGGUAUGGAUCAUGUCACCACGAUGAUGUGCGGAUCAUGCUCGAAUGAAAACGCUUUCAAGAAUAUUUUCAUUUGGUAUCAAGGUAAGCAGCGUGGAGAUGUUAAAACCUUCUCGGAAAAAGAAAUCCAAUCCUGUAUGAUCAAUCAAGUUCCUGGUGCUCCUAAAUUGAGUAUUCUAAGCUUCCACGGAGCUUUCCACGGGCGUACGCUGGGCUGCUUGUCGACGACCCACUCGAAGUACAUACAUAAGAUUGAUAUCCCUUCGUUUGAUUGGCCGAUAGCUCCGUUCCCUAAAUAUCGAUAUCCACUGGAGGAGAACGUACGAGAAAAUGCCCAAGAAGACGCCCGUUGCUUGGCGGAAGUGGAACAUUUGAUUGAACAGUACGCAAAGAAGGGAAUUCCUGUAGCUGGUAUCAUUGUUGAGCCGAUUCAGAGUGAAGGAGGAGAUAAUGAGGCUUCACCCGAGUUCUUCCAGAAUUUGCAGAAGAUUGCCAAAAAGCAUGGAAGCGCUCUGUUGAUGGAUGAGGUCCAAACCGGUGGCGGUCCGACAGGUAAACUGUGGUGUCAUGAAUAUUUUAAUCUGGAAAGUCCACCGGAUGUAGUCACGUUCAGCAAAAAAAUGCAACUGGGUGGUUAUUACCACGGAGCACACAUGAAACCAGCUCAACCGUAUCGUGUGUUCAACACAUGGAUGGGCGAUCCUGGCAAAUUACUACUGUUGGAAUCGGUUCUCAAGGUUAUCAAGCAGGAUGCACUAUUGGAUAAUGUCAAUAGAGCUGGUGCUAAACUGAAGAAAGGAUUAGUUCAAGCACAAAAUGACUUUCCACAGCUACUCAACUCAGCCAGAGGUAGAGGAACAUUUUUAGCCAUCAAUUGCACCAGCACAAAACUACGAGACGAUAUUGUGGCUGCUUUGAAACAAAAAGGUAUCCUCUCGGGUGGUUGCGGAGAACUCGGAAUUCGCUUCAGACCGGCGCUCGUGUUCCAGGAGAAGCAUGCUGACAUUUUCCUCGAUAAAUUUAACCAAGUGUUGAAGGAGCUUAAAUAGAGUGUUUCGAAGAAAACGCAAGAAAUUCAAUGCCAGCGUUUUAAGCUACCGGUAGUUUAAUUCAGAAUGAAAUAAUUAUGAUUUAAAACAGCAAUACAAUUAGAAACAGUUCCAUUCUAAUAUUGAUAUUAGGUAUUAGAUGGAAUAGUGACAGUUUAUAUUCUGUUCUGAAUAUUGAUGCGUAAUGACAUUGCCAUUACGAAAAAAGUGAGAACAUUUGUCUUCCGGAGAGUUGUGAUUCCAAAAUUCGAUGUCUAACAUGGGUGGAAUAUUACUGGGUAAAAAGUUGUAGAUAAAUGUUAUCGCGAAAUUAA